GCUGACAUGGAACCAGUCUACCGGGGUCUGGGUCGCUGUGUGUGCUGUUUCUGGCUCGCAGUAGCGUUUGACAUUGUGGGACUGGUCGUACUUCUUAUCGGGGUGUUUGUAAACGUGUUUUUCUACGACCUGCUCAUCUACGCGGGCGCCAUCGUCAUCUUUCUGAGCCUCAUCUGGUGGGUGUUCUGGUACUCUGGGAACAUCGAGGUGCCCCCGGCGGAGCUGGAGGACGAUGUCGGAAUACUGAAGAAGGAUAAGGGCGGCAUCAGCGGCGCGGUGAGGCGUCUCUCCAGCCGCGUGUCCAGUGGCAUAAGGAGCUCGUUCCACAGGAACGGAGGACCGUCCAGCGCCCGCGCGGAGGCCCGCGCGGCCCGCGCGCAGAGGUCGGCGCCAGGAGCCCUGCCGGCGGAGCAGGUGGCCGUUGCUAUGGCAACGAUGACCCCGCGGGAGGAUACCCCAUACACUACUGCCUCAGUGGCGGCUGACGAAGAGAUGCCGCACACAACGACAGAGACUUCACCUAUAUAGUGUCACCCACAGAGACUUGAUUAGAGCCUGCCCUACAGUGUCUUCACUUGACUCCAGUUGAUGCUAAACUUUUCUACUGUUUGUGUGUUUAGUGAGAAAUGAUUAAUAAUUGAUGACGAUAUCUGGAAGAAGUGUUAGCAGUUGUUGAGUCUUUAUUAAAUACUUUAUUUAAAAAAAUUGAUAUUUUCCUAAUAAAUGUUAUGUCUUUAAUCAGUAUGGCAGCAUAGAUUCAGUCUGUUUGAGCUCAAUAGACAUACUGUAGUUAACAUUUUAAGACAGACUUUCAGCAAUUCAUAAUGAUGACUGUUGCACAUAUGAGCCUAAUCUUACAGGAAAUUCAUAGUUCAGUGUAUGAAUCAUGAAUGGCAUCUUUUUAUCACUGUUUGUAGGAGAAAUCAUAGAACAUGUGAACUCAACCAGGGCAGUUUUUUUGUAAAUAAAAGAAACCUUAGCCGAAAACCAAAAUAACUCAGCCCAAACUUCACCAAAAUGUUUUAACCUAACCCAAAACCCUGAAAUCUGAACCAAAACCUAACUCAAAAGGUGUGAUGUCACUUUUUACGAUAACAGAAAUGCCGUACUAUAACAAAAAGGGGGGUUACAUUUUCAUAGGAUAAGUAUGAACUGAACAGACUGUGAAAAUGUGUAGCACAGUUACAAUCUCAUGUGUAAUCUUCAUCUUCAUGUGGUUGUUUUGUCUGUAAGUGUCUUAUCUGUUGUCAUGCUUUUAUGUUUUGUGUGGACCCCAGGAAGAGUAGCGGAUGUUCUGCAUCAGCUAAUGAGGAUCCUAAUUCUAAUCUCAUUGCUGGAAACCAUAUUUGUUUUCCGGUACCAUGCCCAUCGCAAAUUAACUGCAAAACAAACAGAAUUUAGAGACACACAUUCCUCUUAUGGACUUUGAAGUUAUAUUCAUAUUUGAGAUAUUUUUAAUUUUAAUUUGAUUUGUAACUGUUUUGUAUAUGUGUGUAUGAUGACUGCUUUGUGUGACUGAACCAUCUUGUUGUGAUGUUGUAUAUAUCUAAUUUGUUCUCAGGUCUCUCUUGUAAAAGAGGUCUUGAUCUCAAUGAGACUUCUGAUUAAAAACAAAAAGCUUAACUAACUAA